GAGAUGAUGACAAAGCUAUGGAGCUGGUGAGGGGGGAAUUUCGGCUCUGGCUUUUUUGUCUUUCCUUUCUCCCCAGCUGUUUGUGCUGGGAAGUGACUUUCCCCUUUCGGUCUGUGUAUUGUCAGCUAUCCGAUUCCUGCGAUUGCGCUUUCCAGCCCAGAAUUGACCAUCUGGAGUUGGAUCUGUGCCGCCAUGUGUAUGGACAGCAUGUGGCCAAAGAAGUGAUCGUCAAGGCCAUCAAGCAGUUCCUGGCGAAGCACUCCCCAGUGAAACCCCUGGUCUUAUCGUUCCAUGGCUGGUCAGGGACUGGGAAAAGCUAUGUUACUGCCUUGUUAAUGAGAAACUUGUACCGGGAUGGGAUGAAAAGCUCUUACGUGCACCAGUUUGUACCCACCCUGCACUUUCCCCAUGCCUGCCAGGUUGACACGUACAAGGAGCAGUUGGAAAGUUGGAUCAGUGGUAACUUGAGUGACUGCAGCAGAUCUGUCUUUAUAUUUGAUGAAAUGGACAAAAUGCACCCAGGUUUGAUUGAUGCAAUCAAGCCCUUCCUCGGUAGUUCACAUGUUAUGUACGGAACAAAUUAUCGAAAGGCGAUAUUUAUUUUUGUAAGCAACGCUGGAGGUGAGCAGAUAAACAACGUGGUGCUACACUUCUGGAAAAUUCAAAAGGACAGGGAGGAAAUUCAAUUGGAAGACUUGGAGUCCAAAAUAUCCAAGGCAGUUUUCAAUAAUAGACUCAGUGGGUUCUGGAAUUCCACGAUCAUAAAUGAACAACUUGUCGACUAUUUUGUACCAUUUCUACCUCUGAAACUCAAACAUGUCAAGGAAUGUGUGAGAAGUGAGAUGGUCUCUAGAGGCAUAAAACCUUCAGAUGAAAUAGUUGCAGAAGUCGCUAAGUCCAUGAACUUUAUCCCAGAGAGUGAGAAAUUGUUUUCUCAAACAGGCUGCAAGACUGUCUCUGCCAAAUUGGACUUUUUCUUGUAACUCCAAGGGGAUCUUGUUCCAAUGUGUGUCAGAAAAUAGAAUUGUAUAUCAGGGAUUAUCAGUGUCUCCUGGGAGAGAAUUGUGAAGAUCUUACUAUUGUUGCUAACUUAUUUAAUGUGAUGAUAUACAAUUAGCCUUCAGACUAAUGUCCUGUUUUAGGGAUAAACUAUUAGGCCAGAAGAAGAUGAAAAAUCUUUUACUGGACUAUUUUUUUAAGACAAAGUGUUUAACCUAUCCAAAAGUUUAAUUGUUUCAGUAAAGAAUUGAGAAUCAGAAUAUUCCUCACCCAAGAGUGAAUGCUGAAUGCAGGAUGCAAAUCGACCAGUUGUCAAGUUCUUCAAAGGGGCAGAUUUCCAAUGCCAGUGCACAGGAGUGAUGAGAAGACAGCUGUUUGAGUUGGCAUGCUAAACAUCUGAAUCUUGCUGCCAGUCAGUGCUGACUGUGUAAAGACUUAUAGAUAAAGAUACCUUUUUUUAAAAUACAGUGAACUCUUAUAUUGCACAGGUCUGAGCACUCUGCACUAUUUGUAAAUUUAAUAAUCAGGCUAAUUUCUUUAUUAUAACCCUUGAUUUUUGUACAUGAAUUCUGAAAAUGGAUCCUGAAUGGGGGAGACUUCUAUGUUCUAAAAGUAUUAAAUAGAGAAAAAAUGAAUUCUUGGCUGUGGUUACAGACUAUGUUUGCUCAGAGCUGGCUAAUAGCUUGGAAAAUAUUGCGUGGGUUACACAAAGGUGGGCUCCUUUAGGGUGGUAUAUGUGCAUGACUGCUUUUUUUUCGUUUUAACAAACCAAGGGCCCCUGCAUUUAAGCAAAUGUGCACUGCAAAAAAUAAAGGACAUUAUUAUAGGAGAGAAAGGUUUGUAAUCAUCAGGUGGAUCCUAACCAUUGUCUGAAUAAUUGUGAUGGGGUUAUUAUCUGGAAAUCAUCCCAACUGUAACAUUUUCUCUUCAAAUAACACUGCCCACAUUAGUCAAUUAUUGCCUGUGACCAGUGUUGGGUGUGGGGACUAGAAUUGAUCAAGAUACAAUGCAUUGUACUCUCCACUUCAAACAGGAUGAAAUCACUGAAAUAAAUAGCUGCAAUUUCCACCUUCCACGUAGCAAAACCUCUCUAGGAUUUGUAUGCAGGGCAGGAAUUAGGAAAGUGGUUGGAGAGCUAGAUUUUGAGGCUAUUUGAAGGUAAAGAGAUGGAGCACAGUGCACCCAUUUUGAGUAAUUCAGGAAUAAGUUUGCUAGUGGUUUAUUUUUCCCUGUCAUUUGACCAGCUAACAUGGGGAUUGUGACAACACAAAAACAAAAUACUGUAGGCACUGGAAAUCGGAAAUGUAAACAGAAAAUGCUGGCUUUGUUCAGCAGGUUUGGCAGCAUCAGCUGAGAGAAACUGAGUUAACAUUUCAAGUUGAUGAUUUUAACUCCUUUUCUCUUCGGAGAUGCUGCCUGACCUGCUGAGAACUUCCAGCAUUUUCCUUUGGGAAAUUACAGUUGCCAAUUUGUACCUGCCCACUUAGUGGCUGGAAAUCCCUGAAGUACGUGGAUGUUAAUCAAUCUUCUUUUUUCCACCAAAAAAAACCCCUAGAUAUUUCUUCUUGGUCAAGUUUCUGAUUUUACACUCCCAGACAUUUACAAAACCAAGCCUAUCACACAGUAUUGGACCUCUGCAGACCAGAUUAAAUGAUGCAAUCUAUUUCAAAAUCAACAGAGACUCGCAAAAUGUUUUUUAAUGUGAAAUGAGUUCCUUAAAAUUUUAACUAUUUCUUUAAUCCCUAUCCUAAGUAUCAUUCUAUCCUAACCCAUUCCAUUCCUUAUAUUUUGCUUUGGAAGCCCUUCAGAAUGUUCAUGGCUCGUGAUCAUCUUCAUCUAAUACUCUUUUGGUUUCUUAUUCGAAUGAAUGUUGUUUCUCACUCAACAGAGCAGUCAGUAAGGAACUACCUUUUCUAUUAAAAACCAAGUCAGGUUGAAUGUUCGUUAAAUUGUGAAGGGAACUGAUGGUCUUUUGUGUUUUGACUUGAGGAAGCAGGUUACUUAUUAAACACACAGUAAACCUUUCAAAGCUGGAGCUCACAAUUGGAAUUUCAAAACCUUCCAACUCUCAAAUUUAAAUUUGUCUUUUCAGUAAAUUGUUCUGUUUUAAACAGCACUGAAAUAUAUUGUAUUGUCUGUUUACUGAUUUCCAAAAAACUCUUCCAAAUAGUUUAAUGUGUAAAACUGUAUUUCAAAGGAGAAACCAGCAAACUUCAUUACUUAACAGUAUU